CGCAGUUGUCGCCGGGGCCGGGCCAUGAAGAUUGAGUUUGCGCCGCUCAACACCCCGCUGGUGCGGCGGCUGCAGACGGCGGCGGUGCUGCUGUGGGUCCUGUCCUUCCUGCUGCUGGCACAGGUGUGCAUCGGAAUCCUUGUGAUCCUGAUCAUAUACAACUAUUGGUUCCUUUAUGUUCCUUACUUGACAUGGCUUUACUUUGACUGGUGUACCCCGGAGCAAGGAGGCAGGAGAUCCCAGUGGGUCAGAAGCUGGACUGUUUGGGGGUACUUUAAGGACUAUUUUCCAAUUCAUCUCAUCAAAACUUGGAAUUUGGAUCCAAGUCACAACUACAUAUUUGGGUUUCAUCCCCAUGGAAUACUGGUUGCUGGAGCCUUUGGAAAUUUUUGUACAGCUUAUUCAGACUUCAAGGAGCUAUUUCCUGGAUUUACUGCAUAUCUUCAUGUGCUUCCGUUUUGGUUCUGGUGUCCUUUCUUCCGAGAAUAUGUGAUGAGUGGUGGGCCAGUCUCGGUUUCCAGGAAAAGUGUGUCCCAUGUGCUGAGCAAAGAGGGAGGUGGAAACAUUUCAGUCAUUGUCCUUGGGGGUGCAAAAGAGUCAUUGGAUGCACAUCCUGGAAAAUUCAUUCUGUUCAUCCGCCAGCGAAAAGGAUUUGUUAAAAUGGCUUUGACCCAUGGUGCCUAUUUGGUCCCAGUGUUUUCUUUUGGUGAAAAUGAACUAUUUAAACAAGUAGACAAUCCUGAAGGCUCAUGGCUUCGAACUUUACAGGAGAAACUGCAGAAGAUCAUGGGGUUUGCUUUGCCACUGUUUCAUGCGAGAGGAAUUUUUCAGUACAAUUUUGGCUUCAUACCCUAUAGGAAACCUAUUCACACUGUUGUUGGCCGCCCAAUCCCUGUCCCUCAGACUCUGCACCCAACCGCAGAGCAGAUUGAAGAGUUGCAUCAGACCUAUAUGGAGGAACUUAGGAAAUUAUUUGAGGAGCACAAAAGGAAGUAUGGUAUACCUGAGCAUGAAACUCUUAUUUUUAAAUAA